AUCAAUUGCAAUUGGAGGGGAUCAGCGGAGGAGUGGACUAUAUAUCUUCGGCGGGGAGGCGGGUGCAGGGGGGAUUCGUGGACUUUGACCUGAUCUACGACCAUGGGCGUGCGCGCAAAGGACUCCUUGAAGCGGCUUGUUCGUAGCCUGGAAGUCGAUCAAGACGAUUCGCGAAGGGACCUGUCGUAUGCUGAAGGUUUUCUAACGAAUGAAGAUCUCUACCCCGUACCCUCUGAGAAGCGGACAUGGGGAAUGUGGAACUUCAUUGCCUUCUGGGUAGCGGACAGCUUCAAUAUUAACACAUGGGAGAUUGCCUCUUCCAUGGUUGACGCUGGUCUCUCGUGGUGGCAGGCAUGGAUAUGCGUCUGGAUAGGGUAUGGAGUGGUCGCCCCCUUCAUCGUGCUCAAUGCCCGGCCAGGCGCAAAGUUCCACAUCACGUUCCCUGUUGUCGCACGGGCGAGCUUCGGUAUCUGGGGCAGCCUUUGGUGCGUGUUCAACAGGGCGGCUAUGGCAUGCGUGUGGUACGGCGUGCAAGCCAGUAUAGGAGGAACAUGUGUCCUCGUCUUGCUCAGAGCCAUGUGGCCAAGCGUGGAGAAUAUCCCCAACUCCAUGCCCGCCUCAUCCGGGACGACUACACGAGAUUUCAUGUCCUUCUUCCUCUUUUGGCUUAUCUCGCUUCCAGCUAUCUGGUUGCCUAUCCACAAAGUACGACACCUCUUCACCGUCAAGGCAGUUGUUGUGCCCAUCGCCGGCAUCACGUUCUUCAUCUGGUGCAUCGUCAAGGCGCACGGUGUCGGUCCGGUUGUACGGCAGCCGUCGACAAUCCAUGGCUCGUCCUUGGGCUGGGCUAUGGUAGCCAACCUCAUGUCAUGCGUGAGCAACAUGGCGACGCUCGUAACGAAUGCGCCAGACUUUGCGUCACGCGCUCAGAAACCAAGAGUUGCACUCUGGCCACAGCUGAUUUCUGUCCCGCUUGGCUUCAGUAUCGUCAGUUUCCUGGGCAUCAUAGUUAGCUCCUCCUCGCAGGCGAUCUACGGCCAGCCUGUUUGGUCGCCCAUCACCCUAUUGGGCAUGUUCCUGGACGACAGCCCGUCCCAUGCAACUAGAUUCGGGGUUUGGUUCAUCGCGGCCGCGUUUAUUAUCGCACAGCUCGGAACCAACAUCUCGGCCAACUCCAUCAGUGCAGGAUGUGACCUCACGGCUCUAUGCCCGCGAUUCAUUGUAGGUCACGAUGACUUUGACCUCGAAACACUGAGCCUACGGAUUCUUGUGCAGAACAUCAGACGCGGCGGAUACAUAGCUGCCAUCGUCGGACUGUGCAUGCUCCCCUGGAAUCUGCUCAAGAGUAGCAACAACUUCACGACGUACCUUUCGGCUUACUCCGUCUUCUUGAGCUCUAUCGCCGGCGUAAUGAUCACUGAUUACUAUAUAAUCCGCAAGGGCCACUACCGGGUAAGCGACCUCUACCACGCAAGGAAGGACGGGUGGUACGCGUACACGCUAGGCAUCAACUUCAGAGCGUAUGCGGCGUACAUCGCAGGUAUCCUCAUCAAUGUCGUCGGCUUUGCUGGUGCCACUGGCCGCCCUGUUCCCGAGGCAGCCACCCACAUCUACGACAUGUCCUUCUUCACAGGCUUCGGCGUGUCUGCAGUCAUCUACUGGAGUCUCAACCAAGUUUUCCCGGCUGUGGGUGCGUCGAAGACGUUCCAGGAGAUCGACCACUCUGGUAUGACCGACGCGACCCCAUCCGACGAGGAAUUUGCAAAGGAGGAUGAUCUCGAUCGCAAGAGCGACGAAAAAGCAGACGGCACCGCAAGUGUGCGAUCAGUAGUAGUGUAGGAAUGGAAUGUCUUGUAUGGUGAUGACAACGGGAAUCGAUACGAAUACAAUUGCACCAAUUCUAGCUUCCCCUUCCCUGAGUGACACGCCGAUAGCUCG